AUGGCCACGGCGCGAAAGAUUGAGCUGUCCACCUCUAACUCCGGUAUCUACUCCACCGGAGUUAGAGAGGAUGCUGCUCGAGCUGCUAGCCAAGUCUUGCAGGAGAAUCUAGAGAAGCACCACAUCUACUUCAACGAUUCCGGGUUUCAUAACCAUAUCGUCCACCAUAUUCUAACAAUCUUUGCCCUGGGGGCUUCCCCGGACGAGAUUAGGGCUGCGUAUGAGAGAAAUAAGAGCUACCAGCGGCCUGCUUUGCCGGCCAAUGACAGUGUGGUUCAGUCCUUGUAUGACCAGGCUCGGUUCAAAGAAUGCCUGGGGAAACGAAACAAUUACCCCAAUUUCUUGGAAUUUUUCCAACGUGAGAUCGAAACAAAAGGAGUUGAAAGCGUGGUUAAACAAUACGUUUUCGCCGGGGAUGAUAUCGCGGAAGAUAUGCUGGUAAGAUUGUUUGGAGGUCUCAUUCAUCCGUUUAUCCACUUGGGGUUCGGGAUUGAGUUCAACCAGCCUGCCAUCGUAGCAGAAGCCCUGGCCCAAGCUGCUACCCAUGAGAACUGGACUGGUCCAAUGUUCCUCCUACCCGCUGAAAAAGCAGCAGGGGGUAUUGGCAAACCCGGAAAGAAAACAUUGCUGCAAAUUCUAGAAGAAAUACGGAGCGACGAUAAAUUGGCGAAUUCCGCACAUUGGGAAGAUGAGAAUAGGAUGAGGGACGGCGUCCUCGUACGGGCACCAGAUGAAAUGAUCAAACAUGCUGCAGAAUUCACCGUGUCUGAGGAUCAAAUGGAAGAAAAGCUUGUUGAAAUAGUCGACACCGUUGCCUACUUCACCGCUACUGCUCAACGACCGUCCAAGCAGGUUAAAUUUGACUUCUUCUAUAUACAUGGCUUGAAUGCGUCGAUAUUCCUCGCCAAGUUCAUCUCGCUGCCGUGGCUAGAUGUGCGCUCCAAGCUACGUCUCCUCGAAUGGAAAGGACGAUUGAACCUAUUGCUAUAUGUAUCCCGCAAUACACCCGAGCUAUACCUCAAUGAUGUUAUCGAGUAUCAAGCUUCGAGGACUUGGGCGGAUAUUUUCGCAUAUGUCAAUGCACACCCAAGAGAGGAUGGACACAUCAGCAAAUUGGCAAGAGCCCUCGCGAACGGAGAGAGAGUCUGCCGUCCUUACGAGGCCCGGGCCAAAGACUUGGGAUUGAUGAUCACCGGCGAUAUGUGGCUGAAGAUCGGGAAUAUGGUUAUGGAUUCAACUUCCGACGAGCAUUCCGUGUGGGUCCGUUCCACCGGAUUCGAUGGAGCAUGGGAGGAAUUUGAAGACCGCCCUCGUCUGUGA